AUGGUCAAUACAACGGAAAGGCUUGCCGCCCUUAGGGCUUUGAUGAAGGAGAAUGGUAUCGACGUUUACAUCGUACCUUCCGAAGAUGCUCACCAGUCCGAAUAUACCUCGCCAUGCGAUGGCCGUCGAGAGUACAUCUCUGGCUUCACCGGUUCUGCUGGUUGGGCCUUGAUUACUCACGACAAGGCUGCCUUGUCGACAGACGGCAGAUACUUCAACCAGGCCGAACAACAGCUCGAUGAAAACUGGACUUUGUUAAAGCAGGGAAUGGCCGAUGUCCCAACUUGGAGUGAAUGGGUCGCCGCAGAGGCCACGGGAGGCAAGAACGUCGGUGUCGAUGCCUCCCUCCUCACAUACGCAUUCUCCAAAUCGUUGAAAACCAAGAUCCAGAAGAAGGGUGGCGGUGAUCUUGUUGGAAUGACCGAAAACCUCGUCGACAAGGUCUGGGGUUCCGAACGGCCAGCUCGACCAGCUGAGCCAGUUAUCAUCCUUGAUAAGAAGUUCGCCGGCAAGGAUUUUGUCGAGAAGAUUGAAGACUUGAGGAAAGAGUUAGCCAAGCAGAAGAGCCAUGGUUUGGUUUUAACAGGUUUGGACGAGAUUAUGUGGUUGUUCAACAUCAGAGGCAGCGACAUCCCUUUCAACCCUGUCUUCUUCUGCUAUGCUACUGUCACGCCAACUGCUACUACACUCUUCAUUAACCCACAACAAAGAAGCUCCGAACUCGAGGCCCACCUUGGUGAGCACGUCCAACUAGUUGCUUACGAUAAUGUCCUCACAACCCUCACGGCCCUUAGCGAGAAGACUGUCGAUGAAAACGCAGCGGAACCCCAGAAGUUCUUGUUCCCUGCAAAUGCUAGCUGGGCUCUUGCACAGGCUCUUGGGGAAGGUAGACUUGAGGAAGUCAGAUCCCCGGUCACUGUCGCAAAAGCGAUCAAGAACGAAACCGAAUUGGAAGGAAUGAGGCAAUGUCAUAUUCGUGAUGGUGUCGCUUUGAUUGAAUACUUUGCAUGGCUCGAGGAACAGCUCCAAAGUGGUGUCGAGCUUGAUGAAGUCGAUGCAGCAGACAAGCUCGAGGAGUACAGAAAAACAAAGGAGAAUUUCGUCGGUCUUUCGUUCGGUACCAUCUCAUCAACAGGCGCGAAUGCAGCCGUAAUUCAUUACCACCCUGAACGUCCGACGGCAGCCAAGAUUGACCCUAACGCUAUUUACCUCUGUGACUCCGGUGCUCAAUUCUAUGAUGGCACAACUGACACUACCCGAACCCUCCACUUCGGAACCCCAACACCAAUGGAAAUCAAGGCUUACACCCUAGUCCUGAAAGGCAACAUCGCCCUUGGGCAGGCUGUAUUCCCUAAGGGUAUCAGUGGGUAUCAACUUGAUCCUCUAGCUCGCCAGUUCCUUUGGUCGGAGGGAUUGGACUACCGUCAUGGUACAGGACAUGGCGUUGGUUCGUUUUUGAACGUUCAUGAAGGACCCCAGGGCAUUGGUACUAGAAUUCAAUACUCUGAGGUCCCAUUGGAACUAGGGAACGUCAUUUCCAAUGAACCGGGGUACUACGAAGAUGGAAAAUUCGGAAUCCGAAUUGAGAAUAUUAUCCUAGUUGUACCGAUCAAGACGAACCACCAAUUCGGCGAGAAGCCGUACUGGGGUUUUGAAACUGUUACUAUGGUACCAAUGUGCCGUAGCCUCACAGACGUUAGUCUCCUCACCGAAGAUGAGAAAAAGUAUUUGAAUGAGUACCAUAAGGAAGUGUUUGAGAAAACCAGUCCGCUCUUGAGCGGCGAUCAGAGGGCGUUGAAGUGGUUGCAAAGAGAGACUGCACCUUAUUAG